ACAAUAUAGAGAAGAAUUGGCACUUGGCCUUGGGUCAAGGGCAUCUUCCUGGCACUCUUCUAUGUCAUCAUAUAGAUGUGUCCAGCAAGGCUAAGCACUCCGGCUUGUUUUGGAGAAUACAAGCAUUUCUGGGCUUAAAAAGCACCUGUUUAUCCAGUCGAUUAAAAUGGGCUACUGAAGUGGUUAAUCUAUUGCACAGAAUCAUCUGAGGUUGUUAAAUCUUUACUGAUGAAUAUUUUGCCAUGAGUAAACUGUUAUAGUUACAGAAAAUUACACUGUCUAAGCUUUUUGGAGGCACCCCCUGACAUGGAAAACAGACUUUAUCCAGGUAAAUUACCAGUGGAUGCUGGCGUUGCUAUUGUUUCAGGCAUUUACUAACAAGUUUCUCUGUAAUGAAGUUAAUCAGUAAACGAUAUAACCUCUGGCCUGUAUCACUCCUUUGUGAGUCUUAAAGAAAGUUCUCACUGUGAAAAAGGCAACGGGAUAUAGACAAAGCAAAAACUUCAAGGGAAAGAGGAAAGCAGAGAAAGAGAGAAAGAAGGACUGGGUAACGUAAGGACAGUAUUUUGCUUCAAGAUAUGGUCUGACAGAAGACGCUGAGGCUCGUCUUAUUUUUCCAGACUUGUGUCUGUUUUUUCUUGAACUCGAACCUCUGCAUUUGCUAUUGGCAAAGAUGUGCUGAGGACAAUACAGCAUUUGGCCAAAUCCAAGCCAGUUGCAUCACUUUUGCAGCACGGUGAAGUAGAAGGGGCAGAAAGCUGCACAGCAAGCAUGGGACCUUGAAAGUGAAGAAGUAAUUGAAAAGCAAAGGUAUCCUUUCAGAGCCAAUGAGUUCUCCAGUGCAAGAAGCAGACGUUUCUCCUUAUGCACAGUACAACAGUGUGCCAUUUCCCCAAGUUCAGCCUCAGAUUUCAUCACCACCUUAUUACUCCAACCUGGGCUUUUACCCUCCACAGCACGAGGAAUGGUAUUCCCCUGGGAUGUACGAGCUUAGGAGAAUACCCUCAGAGACCUUUUUCACAAGAGAGACAGAGAUAAUGGAUAUCCCUGCAGCCAAAAAGCCUAGACUGGGCCACUCCACGGGAAGAGUGAAAGGAGAAGAGCUCUGUGUGGUCUGUGGUGACAAAGCCUCUGGGUACCACUACAAUGCUCUCACUUGUGAAGGAUGCAAAGGGUUCUUCAGAAGAAGCAUCACAAAAAAUGCAGUGUACAAGUGUAAAAAUGGAGGCAACUGUGAGAUGGACAUGUACAUGAGGAGGAAGUGCCAAGAGUGCCGUCUAAGGAAAUGCAAGCAAAUGGGCAUGUUGGCUGAAUGUAUGUAUACAGGUCUAUUAACAGAAAUACAAUGCAAGUCAAAAAGGCUACGGAAAAAUGUGAAACAGCUCCCAGAUCAGACUGUCAAUGAAGAUAAUGAAGGCCACGACAUGAAACAAGUGACAUCUACAACUAAAAUGUAUAGGGAGAAAGUAGAAUUUACCCCAGAACAGCAGAACCUUCUUGAUUACAUCAUGGAUUCGUACAGCAAACAACAAAUACCUCAGGAGGUGUCAAAAAAGCUGUUACACGAGGAAUUCAGCGCUGAAGGGAAUUUUCUGAUUUUAACAGAAAUGGCUACCAGUCAUGUACAAGUUCUCGUGGAAUUCACUAAAAAACUACCAGGCUUCCAAACUCUUGACCAUGAAGAUCAGAUUGCUUUGCUGAAGGGCUCAGCAGUAGAAGCCAUGUUCCUCCGUUCAGCUGAGAUCUUCAGUAGGAAACUUCCUACAGGACACACUGUCCUUCUAGAAGAAAGAAUUCGUAAUAGCGGUAUCUCAGACGAAUUCAUAACUCCCAUGUUUAAUUUUUAUAAAAGUAUCGGAGAGCUGAAGAUGACACAGGAGGAAUACGCAUUGCUCACAGCAAUAGUGAUCCUGUCUCCAGACCGACAAUACAUAAAGGACAGAGAGUCGGUGGAAAGGCUUCAGGAGCCACUGCUGGAUAUCCUGCAGAAGUUCUGCAAGCUGCACCACCCGGACAACCCGCAGCACUUUGCGUGCCUCCUGGGCCGCCUCACCGAGUUACGGACGUUUAACCACCACCACGCAGAGAUGCUGAUGUCCUGGAGAGUGAACGACCACAAAUUCACCCCUCUCCUCUGCGAGAUCUGGGAUGUGCAGUGAUGGAUACCGGUUGUUUUUAUUUCAGGACAAACAUCUUUUUAAAGGACCACACAGCAUUUAUUUUCAUAGGAAAAAGCAAUAUAUCACAGUGCAUUAAUUUUUCUUUACUGCAUUUUUAUAGAAACUUGCCACGGAGUUCACAAAAGCCGUUUUGUGCAUUAUACACAGAAUACUGUAUAGCUGUCAGAUUUCCACACGUGAGUUAUAAUUUUCUCUGUAUUUAUAUUCUUUGAUCGGAAAGAAUUCAAUGGCUCCUCACAGGAACCCCACUAAUCCCUCCUGCAAUUGCUCUCUUUGCAGAGUUCCUCUUGCAAAAUGGGGCGAUUCAGGCUUCCAUUCACAUUUUUCAUUGCUGUGUUUUUGUGCUUGGCCUCCAUUAAAGAAUAUAUUCCAAAUAUUUACUGUAAUAAACCAGCAGAAAUG